CGGAACGCGUCGAGCAAUGUCUCCUCCCUUUCUCAACAAUCACUUCUCGGCCGCUCGCAUGCCCGUCGCCGCCCCCACAAUGGAUUCGCCAGCUUCAGACCUCUCUGACUACGCCAGCGACGACUUCCCUGAUGAAGUCAAAGGCCGCCGCAUCAGCAUCGAACAUACGCCCGACCACGAGCCCGCUGCUCGUCCAAGCAAGCGGCCGCGCCUACAGAACCGCGCUCCAUCGGACCCACCCACCAAUAUGCUGCCCAUCGACGACCUGGGCGAGCUCUCCGAAGACACAGACGGCUCUGUGCCGGCCUCGCCGCACCAUCCAGGCAUGUCGGCCGAAGACGACUUCGGCCAGGACCAGGUCACCGUGUGCAAGUGGGAAGGCUGCGAGGCGGGCGACCUCGACAACAUGGACAGGCUGGUCGAACAUCUGCACGAGGACCACAUCGGCACGCGCCAGAAAAAGUACAGCUGCGAGUGGAGCGACUGCACCCGCAAAGGCAUACCGCAUGCCAGUGGCUAUGCGCUGAGGGCGCACAUGCGCAGCCACACGCGCGAGAAGCCCUUCUACUGCACACUCCCGGAAUGCGACCGCUCCUUCACGCGCUCCGAUGCGCUCGCUAAGCACAUGCGAACGGUCCACGAGACUGAGGCAUUGCGCCCGUCGGAUCCAGUCCCCAAGCACCACUCGUCGAACCCGUCUAAUAAGUUUCAGCGCAUUAAGCUCGUUCUCAGCGAGGAGAAGAGGUCCGCCGAGAAAGGUUCCACGCCUGGUUCACCCUCAUCGCAUCCGCCGAACAGCGCAACCCUUCCUCCCGCCGUCGAGAACGACCACUCCAACGACAACAUCACAUACAUACAGGAUCCUGUCACCAACGCAACCAUGGUGCAGUUUCCCCCAGACGUGACCUUCACGCCAGCGGAGCUCUCCCUGUCCGCGGACAAGCUGUUCCGCCGCCUGCGGCGGCAGCUACUCUGGGCGACCCAAGAUGGGGAGGCGCUCCGUGCUGAGGCGGAGGCGCUCGAGAAGCAGCGCAAGGACGAAUGGGCUGCCAAGGAGCUGCUCGUGGAGAACGUCAUGGAGGGUGAGCUUGAGUGUGCCAAGCGCCGACUGGCAGAGUCUGGACAGGAUGAACCCGACCACUACGCACAGCUCGAGGCAGACGUCGUCCCGUCGAAGAAACUCCGCAUUCAACCCAAAGAUGGGAAGCUUCCUUGGUGGCGAGAGGAGGGCUGGCUGCAUCGUCAGGAGGGAGGUGAAAACAAGGCAGAACAGGCGGCGGAAGAGCCGCUGCCCACAUUAUGAACUGUCUGAAUUGCAAAUCUAUGCACUGCUUCUAGGAGUUGCGGAUGACGGAAAGGAUACCCUGUACGGCUACACAAUCAUAACAUUACUUUUCGUGGUUUCCACCUCUAUUUUGCCUCCACUAUUGCUCGAGAUGUCCCUGUAGUUGCUCAGGGUAUCGGUGGCCUUGAAUGGGGAACUUCUUCAGUAUGUCCGAGAUCACUUUCAUAUCCUCAUCACUGAGCUUGACCGGCGCCGCGUUCUCCUUGACUCUAGACUCUCGGGUUGCUCCCGGGAUGGGUAGAAUCUCACCAAGACCGUCCUUCCCGUUGUGAGCGAUGACCCAGCCGAGGGCGACCUGGCCGGGUGACGCAUUCUUCUGCUCAGCGAUCUUCUCGACCUCGCGCAGCAGCUUGAUGUUCUCGUUGAACACGUCGGGCUGGAAGCGCGGCAUCAUCUUCAACAUUGAAUUCUCGGGGAUAUCCUCGUACUUCUGGAACUGUCCGGU